GGACAUCAUAAAACCGCAGUUAAUCAAGCCUGUUAUUGGUGGUAAAAAUACUUAUGCUAUUAAAGCUGUAAAAUUCCUAUUAAAGCAGUAAAUUACUUUUUUUUUAAGUUGGAUUCAGAAACAACGAGCAGAAAAGCGCUUUGAUGCAAGAACGAGGAAACACAGAGGCACUAACUGACAUCAGAGAAUUAGGUGACGCAGGACUUCUGAUUGGCCGGCAGUUUGAGGCAGUCAUGGUAAUGCUGAAACUCUGGACUCUCCUUUUUGCCUAUGCGCUGAUCAUUUGUCAGAUGUACAUCUCACAGGCAGCUCCAUCCAGAACUAGCAAGGAGUCCAUGUCAGAUGGAGUCACACUAACGAACGAUGAUGCACAAAGGUUACUCAGAGCAAUCAAGGAGUUCAUGCAGAUAACUGCAGAUGAGCAGGACCAUCAAACAGCAGAUGGGAACAGCCUGGAUAGACCCAUGUCUAAACGUUGCACCGGCUUAAGCACUUGUGUGCUGGGAAAACUCUCCCAGGAUAUUCACAAACUGCAAACCUAUCCCCGUACCGAUGUGGGAGCAGGGACGCCUGGCAAGAAGAGAAGUCUAUCUGAGCGAUAUGAAAAUUAUGGCAGCUCAUACAAUUGAAACUUAUCACUUUUUAACCCAUCUAUUCUUUGUCUGUCUGAGUUGACUUUUGCUUGUUCUCUAUUCAUAAACAAGACUGCUGAUGCAUGUGGAAACUGUAUGUCAGACUAACUUAAAAAAAAAUCCUCCUUGCUUUUCAUUUUUCAUUGGCUGUCAUUAGAUUUUGACAGGGAAUUGAAAACUUAGAAUUUGCUAUAAAAUUGUGUUUGGCAGUUAUGUACGAUACAAUAAAAAAUAACAACAGCUAACAACCUUUCUGAUGUUUAUUUUUCUCUUCAUGGUAAUUAUGUUCCCUCAAGAAUAAAUUCAUCUUUUACAUGGUAGCUGUAUGUAUUUCAUUCAGUACUGAGAACAAAAAAUACCUAUAGAAAAAGAAACUGAAGAAGAUAAGGGUAAGCAUAACUGUCUAUAAUGCACACACAAUUAGUGGAAAAGUGAAAAGUGUUUAAUUGGUUGUAGAGAAUAUUGUUCAGUCUGUCAUGUGCAUGUCUGAUCUUACGUUGAAUAUCAUAACAAACU